CCAACGUCUACCCUUACAUUACCUUACCUUAUACUUCAACUCACCUACCUACCUUGACAUCCAUCACCUAAAAUUUCAUAUCGAUAACCUUGCACUUGGAAGCAACUUGUCCAUGUGCGUCGCGCUCUGCAGUCAGCGCUCGUUCUCAAACAUCAACAUUUAGACUGCAACAUACGAGGCGCCAUGGACCAGUCUAUCAUUCGCAUCUCCAAGGAGCUGGGUGACAUCCAGAAGAACUGUGACUUGUCGCUCGCCGUAGCAUGUCGCGACAUCGAUGUUCGCAAUGUAAAGGCCUUGAUCAUGGGUCCCCAUGAGACUCCCUAUGAGUUUGGGUUCUUCGAGUUUGCCAUUCGGUUCCACAAAGAAUAUCCUUCCAAAUCCCCGAAUGUAAUCUGUAUCACCACAAAUGGGGGACGUUGUCGCUUCAACCCCAAUGUCUACAGCAACGGGAAAGUCUGCCUAUCAAUUCUAGGAACAUGGCGUGGGGAGCGUGGAGAGGAGUGGUCAUCUGCGCAAGGACUUGAAUCAAUCCUAUUAUCCAUCCAAAGUCUCCUAUCAUCUAACCCCUACGAAAACGAGCCGGGAUUCGAGGAUGCCAACGAUGAAAGCGACAAGAAAAACCAAAAGGACUAUAUCCAAAAGAUUUGUCACGAGACACUACGUAUCAGCGUCAUCCAACGUUUGGAAGGCUAUCUUGGAAUGAACCCCGGUAGCACCCAGUUGCACAGUCUUCCAGGAGCGAAUGAGAUGGAUGAUGAUGACAUUGACGAGGCUACCGUCCCCUUCGAACCUUUUAGAGAUCUGUGCAAACGCCGCUUUCUUUGGUAUUACGAAUCAUACCUCGCUGCGAUCGAAAAAGGCAAAUCAGAGACCAAGCCCAACCAGCCUUUUGCAAGAAUGCCGUUUGAGUCGCCAGGAAACAACUCAAUGGAUGGGAAAUUCAAUUAUCCCGAGCUCGGGAGCCGCCUGCAAGCUAUCAAGGCUGCCAUCGACGCAGAGCCUGAGAAAUGGGCCGUGGAGGGCCUAGAAGCCAAGAAGAAGGAGACAACUGUUGCUGUUAACCUUCAGCAUCAGUUCGAGCAGGUUGUCGAAGGAUUCAAACGAAGCGAUAUGCCACAUGACGUUUUUCUUGAGAACGAGAACCCCUUCGUCUGGGUCAUAACCUAUUUCGGACGUCCUAUGACCAACCUCGAUGGUGGUCUGUUCAGAAUCAAAAUGAACUUCAGCGUUCGUUUCCCCGAAGAGCAACCUCGUGUCAAAUUCGAGACCAAGAUCUUUCACCACCACAUCGCUGCAGACGGUACAGCAUGCUACACUCCGAACCCUAUGAGAAGGGAAGAUGUGCGAUCCCAUAUUGAUGCCAUAUUUGCGAUCCUUGAAGAUGAUGAGCCAGCCUAUGACCCACGCAAAAUUGUGAACCCGGAAGCGACCAAGAUGUACUGGGGAGGAAGCCCAGACGACAAGAAGAAAUACAACCGACGCCUUCGUCGAUCCGUACAGCAGAGCAUGGAGUCAGUAUCUAAUCAAGAUGUUCUGCAGUCAUUCCAUGUGCAAGCUAACCGACCUUUACAGGGACUUCCCAGAGUAACUCACAUGCUCCGCCAGGCUUGAUACCAGGAUUUAGAUGAAAAUAUCACGGGGGCGUACUAGGUCAACAUCAGGGGCAUUGAUCUGAUUUACAUGGCGUUGGGGCCUGUGGUUCAUAUUGAAAUGACAUGGUCUGAGGAUUGGACCAUUUCUUUACAAUGCGGUUGACUUGAUUUGCUGUGGCCAGGUUGUGAUACAUGUGGCAUAAUCUACACAAGGCUACUAGACAUAUGAGAUAUACCAAGUCGCCCUAUUUCCUUGCCCCAGUGAAAACUUAUCGAU